AAACUAAGUAGAGAGGUACUAUGAUUGUAGUUUGUGUUAGUGAAUGGCUGGUUUCCCCCCACAACACUGCUUUAUAGGUCCUAAGGUGAUCCCUUCCUUUGCUUACAGGGAUUAUCGUCAUCAAGACAGCUACUCUUUGCUGAGGCAGGGAUUCUGUCCUACCUAGGAUCCCAGCCAAGAAAGGCCACAAAACCUAUCGUCUCAUUCUUUCCAACCACCAACCCAAAGCCAGUUUUCACCUUCUAAAACGCAGGACAAUUGUGAAAGCUUCCCCAUGAGUGUCAGUAGUCUCCCGUCUGUGUCCUCUAUGUAUCAACCCAGCAUGUUUAAUUAUGAGCGUCCAAAACACUUUAUCCAGUCUCAAAAUACCUAUCAAGGGAAGCCACAGCCUCCAGGAUCAGAGACCUCUGCUACGCUACUGAGCAGGCAAACCAAGCAGUCUUCCAUUUUAAUCCAGCCUUGUAAUCCUAAUGAGAAGAAAUUUGCUUCCUCUUCAUCGCUGAGCUCGCCAAUUUCACUCUCUUCACCUUCACAUAGCGCUUCAUUUCCCGUAACUCCCGCAUCUGCACAGUCUCCUGCUAGCUCAUCAUCUGGGCAGAGAAUUUCAUCCAUGCAUAACCAGUCCCCUGCAGCAUUCCUUUGUUCUGUGUUGCCCUCUCACUUUGAUUGUAAUAAUAGCCAAGGUCCUUCCUCAGUGGAUUCAAACAGUUAUUCGAAGCCUAUGUACAAGCCGCAAACCGGUAGCCUUAAACAAGUACCAAAGACUUCCGACAGAGAGAUACAAGGAACGAAAGACGCCCUCAUUCAAGACUUGGAAAGGAAACUACGAUGUAAAGAUAACCUUCUGCAUAACGGGAACCAACGUUUAAGCUACGAAGAGAGAAUGGCUCGCAGGUUACUUGGACCAGAGAAUGCUGCAUCUAUGUUUGUACCACAGAAUGAACAAAAUGCACAGGACACACAACAGCAAAACUUGGAAAGUGUACGGCUGCAAGUUCCUCCUCCACACGUAAGGAAUAGGCCAUCUUCAAAAGGAGAAAGAAGUGAUGAAGGUGCAAUUCAGGAGAAGUUUUUUCAACCACGUUUCUUGCAAGUGCCUGAAGAUAUAACAGUUGAAGAAGGAAGAUUCUGUAGGAUUGAUUUCAAGGUCAGUGGGCUACCAACCCCAGAUGUGGCAUGGUACCUAAAUGGAAGACUUGUCCACCCAGAUGAGUUUCAUAAAAUGAUAGUAUCAGAAAAAGGCUUCCACUCAUUCAUUUUCGAAGCAGUUCGGGUCUAUGAUGCAGGAAAAUGGGAGUGUGUGGCUUAUAAUCGUGCUGGAGAAGCUUCCUUUGCAAUGAAACUAGAUGUUAUUGCAAAAGAACAUCGGAAAGCACCAGUUUUCGUUUUCAAAGCACAAAGCACAAAAGUUUAUGAGGGAGAUUCAGCCAGAAUUGAAUGCCAAGUGUCUGCUAUCCCCCCACCACAAAUCUAUUGGAAAAGAAAUAAUGAAAUGGUACAGUUCAAUACAGAUCGAGUCAGCAUGUUUCAUGAUGCCUCUGGGAAGGUUUGCUUGCUGAUCCACAGCGUAAAUAAGAAAGAUGCUGGUUGGUACACUGUAUCUGCAGUCAAUGAGGCAGGGGUAGCAACAUGUCAUGCCAGAUUGGAUGUGGCUACUCACACAUACAAGCCACUUCCAAAUCCAAAGCCACUGAAGGUUCGACCAACUUUUAGCAAGUAUUUGGCACUUAAUGGGAAAGGUGUGAAUGUGAAACAGGCUUUUUUUCCUGAUGAAGGAGAAUAUCAGCGUAUGGCAGCACAGUCUGGACUUUUUGAGAGUGAUGAACUUUAAUCAAUAGCACAAAGAAAGAAAAUAUGUAUUCUCUCUGCAACAGACAUUAAAUAAACAGUGCAUAGAUUCAAUUAAAUGGCAAUUGUACUGUGUAGCAAACAUGCUUAAUAUAUUUUUAUUUAUAAUUUAACUCCUGCUAUUCCUGCUGUUGUGACUUUACUGUGAUCAAUUUUUACUAAUGUGUGUGCUGUAGCAGAAGGAAAUAGCAAAUGUUUUUAUUUCUGAGUUUAAAGGCCAAGAAACUGGGCCUAGUUUAAGCAAGAAAGUAAAAACCGUUUGAAUGCAUCUAGUUUCAGUCACAAGGUUUUUAUUUCUACUGCUUCAUUAAUAUCAAUCCCAAUGUAAACAUUUCUGCUGGUUGAUUAAUAAACAUAAAUUUGGGUGUUUUUAAUGAAAGUUUUAUGUCCAGGGAAAAUAAAGUUUUAAAUAAAAGA